GCCGCUGUCCCAAGGUAUGGAGCCGACAGCGCUGCGCUACAUGACCGACUCGCUACCGACGCCACAGAUGACGGCCAAGGAGCGCGCAGAACAGCGGCGCCUCGAGUGCAUGAUCAACCAGCGUCGGUACCGGGCGCGCAAGAAGGCGCAGCACGAAGACACCGCCGCAAGCAUCAAGCGCACGAAAGAAGAGAUCCGGCGCCUCCACGAGCUCGCUCUCCUGCUCCAAAAUUCGCACGUGACCCGGCAUGUCCAAGCCGGCAACUACCGGCACGACGCCAUUGCGUCGUACGUCAAAAUGUUCCAGCACGGGCUCGCCAUGUUUGACAGCGCCAAGUUCAACGAGCAGCAGGAACUCCUCUCGGGCGUCAUGAGCGACAACUUGCUCUUCAACGGCGAGGUCGGUAUUCCGUCGCUCGUCGCGCAGUGGCGCGCGGGCGGCCAGCUCUUUUCCCGCGUCGAAAUGCGUACGCUCGAGCUCCAAGUCAUUGGCGCCGAGCAUAACGUGGUGACCGUGACCGGCACGAUGCGUGCGGUCAUCAACCGCACGACGAUCGCUGCGCUCUUUCCGCACGUCUUCAAGCGGGAGGACGUGGUCCAAAAGCUCAUUGCUACCGGGCUCUUUUGCGAGCUCCGCAUGUCGUUUCUCUUUGACGACGACCUUGUCUCGGUCAUGGACUCGGAGAUCAACUUUAUGAGCGGCCUGUACCAUGCGCUCGGUGACCUCGAGGCCAUGAGCUUUGUCGCACAUGCCGAAGGUGGCAGCAAGAUGCUCUCGGACGGCACCAUUUUGUACAAUGACGUGGCGCCCGUCGACGACGUCGACGCAGUGGCAGGAUUUGUCGAACCCCUCCCAGUCAGCAUUGACGACGCGCCGACGCCUGUAGACACCAAGGACGAUGACGGUGGUCAGGUCACCAAGAAAGCCUCGAUUGACUUUCUGCUCGUGCCGUCGAAUUGUGAUGUCGCGCAGUGACGCAGUUUGGAACUUUCCCGUAAUAUUCGUCAAAAGUGCUUCGUGGUCCCUGUCUACAAGACGAUGACGACGACGUUUGCAAAGUAGUCAAGUUUCGGUGCUUCAAU